AUGUCAUAUAAAUUUGAAUCUGAUGCUAUAAAAGCAUUUGAACAACUACUCUUAACAGAAAUAGAUUAUAAUGUUAUUAUAAAUAUUGGAGAAAAACCAAAUUUUAGGGAAUUUCAUGCGCAUUCUAAUAUUUUACGUUGUAGAUCCCAUCAUUUUAAUAAAAUACUUUCCGUAAAAAAUAUCGAAAAAAAAGAUGAAAAAUAUGUAAUAAAGUAUCCAAAUAUUUCACCUAAAGCUUUUUCAGUUAUUAUAAAAUAUCUUUAUACUGGUCAUAUUAAUGUUGAUGAUAAAACUGGAACUGAGCUUUUGGAUAUUAUGAUAGCCUCUGACGAAUUAAAAUUGGAACAAUUAACUAAACUUGCCGAAGAUUUUAUUCUUGAAAAUCAUCAUCAAUUCUUGCGAAGUGACCCGGUCGGAACUCUUCAAAUCGUUUAUUAUAAUAAAUCACUUGUUAAUUUACAAGAAUUUUGUUUGGAAACAAUUUGUUUCGAACCUAAAAUUUUAUUCAAUUCUGAUAAAUUUAUUAAUUUACCUGCUCCUUUAUUAGAGAUUAUUCUAAAACGUGAUGAUUUAAAUUUACCUGAAAUUGAAGUUUGGGAAAAUUUAAUUAAAUGGGGAUUAGCACAAGGACAAACACCUAAUCAACAUGUUUCUAAAUGGUCCAAGGAAUAUUUUAAUCAUUUUCAAAGAAUUCUUUACAAAUUUAUACCUUUAAUUAGAUUUUACGAAAUAUCUUCUGAUGAUUAUUUUAAUAAGGUUAAAUCUUAUGAAGAAAUUUUACCUAAAGAAUUAAGAGAUGAUAUUUUAAAAUUUCAUAUGGUUACUGAAUAUAAACCAACUCUUGAUAAAUCUUCACAAAGAUGUCCAAAAUAUUCUUUAAUUAAUCAAAAUCAUAUUGUAGUUUUUUCAAAUUGGAUUGAUAAAAAAGGAAAAAUUACGAAAUAUACUAGUAAAACUAUUCCUUAUGAACUCAACCUUUUAUAUAGGGCUAGUAGAGAUGGUGGUACUCCUGAAGCAUUUCAUAAAAAAUGUGAUAAUAAAGGUGCUACUAUAAUUAUAAUUAAAAUUAAGGAUUCAGAAAAAAUUAUUGGAGGAUAUAAUCCAUUUGAUUGGGAUUCAAGUAAUAGUUAUAAAUCAACAACUGAUAGUUUUAUAUUUUCAUUUACAGAUAGAAUGAAUAUAAAAACUGGAAAAUUAGGUUAUAGUAAUGGUACAAAAUCAAUAGGUUGUUAUCCUGAUUAUGGACCAGUAUUUGGUGGAUUUUUUUAUUGUAUUGAUCAUAACACAUGGACGAUUAAUAAUUCCGAUACAUAUACCAAUAUUGAUGGAAUUCCAACAGGAAAUUUAAAAACAGAUGAUUAUGAAGUUUUUCAAAUUGUAAAGAAAAAGGUAACAAAAAAUACUUUAAAAAAGAAGACUGAAAUUCAAAAAAAUGAUCCAGAUUUAGAUGAUGAAGGAAAUUUGAAGGCGGAUAAAAUAAGUGAAGAAGAUAGAGAAAGAGAAGAAAAGAAAUCUUCUUCUAUUAUAUCUUUAUUUAAAAAAACAAAAUAA